CUGCAAGGUGCCGAGCGGUGCCCAACCGAGCCGCAAGGCUCUGCUUUCUCCCCAGAGACCAAGCUGAGAGCCACCUGGGAUGAAAGUCCUCCUUCUGCUCCUUCUCUCCCCCCUCCAAGGGCUGGGGGGCAGCAGCCAGCGCCAGGAGGACUUUCGGUUCUGCGGCGACCGGAACCAGACCCAGGAGAGCUUCGUCGUCUACCAGCAUGGUCCUGCCACCAUCUCCAUCCAGAACACAGCCCAGGCCCUCACCAUCAAGAGGCCCUUCCUGCCCAGCAGGAGGAACUCCUCCUACAAGUACCUCCUGCCCCCUGCCCUGGGCAGGUACCGCUUCUGCCUCUACUGGUUCAAGGCCAACCGGACCCUGAGGCUGGCGUAUGGGAAGCAGAGCUUCCUCCUGGGGGGGGACCUCUCCAGCAGCAGCAGCAGCAGCAGCCCCCAGGGGAAGGAGAAUCAGGAGGCUGGAAGGACCAGCAGCUCCAUCUUCAAUGUGUCCUACAUCUCAAAGGGUGGGAAGAACACCUCCCUGGAGAGUGCAGCUGAAUACUUCUUCCCUGCCUCUCCAGAGAACAUGCCUGUGUGGGAGGAGGACGUGGAGGAGCAGCUGAGCACCUUGGACAACCUCCUUGCCCAGCCCCCCCUGCCAGCCACGGCAGCCGCGGAGCAGCAGCUGCUUCGCCGGCAGCUCUGCCUACUCCUGAACGCAGAGAACAUCUUCCACUCCAUGGCAGACAUCCUGCUGCGAGAAGAGGACCUCAAGUUUGCCUCCACCAUGGUCCACACCCUCAACACCAUCCUGCUGACAUCCUCAGAGCUCUUCCAACUGAGGAACCAGCUGAAGGACCUGAAGACCCCAGAGAGUCAGAACCUGUUCUGCUGCCUGUACCGCUCCUGGUGUCACAACCCUGUCACCACUGUGUCCCUCUGCUUCCUCACCCAGAACUACAAGCAUGCCUAUGACCUCAUCCAGAAGUUCGGGGAUCUGGAGGUCACUGUGGAUUUCCUCACUGAGGUGGACAAGCUGGUGCAGCUCAUUGAGUGCCCCAUAUUCACAUACCUGCGCCUGCAGCUGCUGGAUGUGAAGAACAACCCCUACCUGAUCAAGGCUCUCUAUGGGCUGCUGAUGCUGCUGCCCCAGAGCAGUGCCUUCCAGCUGCUCUCCCACCGCCUCCAGUGCGUGCCCAACCCGGAGCUCAUGCAGCCAGCAGACACCACCAAGCUGAGCACCAUCUCCAAGAGGACCACAGCCUCCACCAUUGACUACACAGAGCUGCUGCAGCACUUUGAGAAGGUCCAAAACAAGCACUUGGAAGCCCGGCACCAGCGAGCCGGGCGGGCAGAGCAGCUGGACAGGAGGGUGGUCCUCUGA